GCGGCUAUAAAGACUUAAGCGUUUGAACCUACCACACGUCUUUCAUCCGGUAGUUUGCGGAACGUGAAGGUCGCUCCAUUGUAUCGAACUCAUCUGAUCUGAAGAUGGCUGCAGGUGAAGCGCGCAUUGGGAAACUGGCCCCUGACUUCAAAGCAACAGCCGUGAUGCCCGACGGUCAAUUCAAGGACAUCAAGCUUUCUGAUUACAGAGGAAAGUAUGUGGUCUUCUUCUUCUACCCACUGGAUUUCACGUUUGUGUGUCCCACCGAGAUCAUUGCCUUCAGUGACGCUGCAGAGGAGUUCAAGAAAAUCAACUGUGAGGUCAUUGGUGCCUCUGUGGACUCUCACUUCUGCCAUCUUGCCUGGAUCAACACACCCCGUAAGCAGGGAGGCUUGGGCCACAUGAAGAUCCCCCUGGUGGCUGACACAUUGCGCUCCAUCUCUAAGGCCUAUGGCGUGCUGAAGGAAGAUGAGGGCAUUGCAUACAGAGGUCUGUUCAUCAUUGAUGACAAGGGGAUCCUGAGGCAGAUCACCAUCAACGACCUUCCCGUGGGCCGCUCCGUGGACGAGACUCUUCGUCUGGUGCAGGCCUUUCAGUUCACCGACAAGCACGGAGAAGUGUGCCCCGCCGGCUGGAAACCUGGAAGCGACACCAUCAAGCCCGAUGUCCAGAAGAGCAAAGACUUCUUCUCCAAACAGCACUAGACAGACCCGAAUCUGUACCUUGCUCUAAGCCUUAGUAUCUGGUGAAACUUGUAGUGAAAUAACAGUUAAUUGUCAUGCCUGGGUAAACCUGGUAUAGCAUUGUGGUUCCCUGUUUUUCCCCUUAUGUAUUAGUCACCGUUCCGUAAGCGAACCUAGAGACAAAAGGGUUUUGAGCAGGUGUCACCAUUUCAGAAUUGUGUUGGAGAUGUGUGUCCGUGACAUUGCUUCAGUUUGUUCUCUCUAAGAUUCCAGUGUUAUGUAUUAUUAGAACUUUCUACGAUGGUUGAUGUUGUGGCUUCAGGUGUUGCAAAAUAACGGACAC